AAAAAUGCACGGUGAGGAGAGAGAGACAGAGAGUGAUAAAGAGAAGAAAAGAAAGGGAGAACUGCCAUCAAACGAGGAAGAAGAGAAAGAAGGAGAAGAAGAUGACGGAGAGAGAAGUUGCCACCGCCACUUUCUUCACCUCCAGCACCGUUUCUGCCUUGCGCUGUUGUUGUUAUUUCUACCUUGCGCUGCCAGAUUUGCCACUACUGUAAUCCCUCUUCUCUGCUCGCCGUCGUCGUGUUUCUCAUUACUCGAGCUCACGCCUUGUUCUGCUCUGCUCCGUCGUGUUUUUCUGCUCGCGCCGUUCUGAAACCUUUGCUCUGCUCCGCCGUGGUGUCGUGCUCUAUCCUCUCAGGCAAAUCAACAACUCUCCGCCGUUCACCUCUUUCACUCAAGCCUCUCGCCUCAGCCUCGAUCCUCAGCAUCUCUUCCUCCAUCGUCGUCGUUGAAGGCUUGUAGAUUGAUUUUACAUACUACUUGAUUAAUUUAGUUGAAUUAAUAACAAUAGUUCCAUUUCGAGCUCGAUCAUGUCGAAGGACAAAGACUUUACCAAUUUGUCGCUCACCUUCAAAUACCUCUUAGGCAUCUUAUGGCUCUGUGUUUUCCUAUGAAGAUUAUCAAAGAAGUGUUACUAAUGGUGAGCUUCAAAAAAAGAUGAAUGAUGAAAAAAAGAUUACAAGCUGAAACUUCUGCUCUUCUCCGCCAUUUUGAAAUCUCUGACUUGCACUGCCGUUGCCAUUUCUACCUGCGCUGCCGGAUCCGCCGCUGCUGUAAUCCCUCUUUUCCGCCUUGCGCUGCCUGAGUCGUCUCUGGUUGUCAUCGCUGCUCGAUGGUUGUCGUCGGCUCGCCAAUGCCUUACGUCCUCGCUGCUCUGCCUGAGCUGUCUCUGCUGUAAUCCUUACUGCUCACUGCAAUCAUGUCUUAGGUUAGGGUUUUUUCUCCUCUGUAAUCUUAGGAAGCUAAUUCUAUUCUCAAAUUGGGGAAAUUGAGGAAUGUGUUUAGGAUGUAUAUAUGUUCUUUGAGAGGGUCUAGUGUAUGUGCUUAUUGAAUAUGCUUUGAGGUUCGAGGCCCAAACAUGUUCAGAAACAACUCUUGUGGUUAGUACGGGCAACCGCAGAAGCUUUCACAGUUGCUGAUGCUCCUGCCAAGGUUUUCUUUCUUCUGAUGGAAAACACUGAGGAGAUUUUUCCAUUUUGCGCACAGAUCUUCCAGUUCCAGGCUUAGUGGUUACUUGUGGUAGCAGCUGAGUAAUUUGUGGAUCACUCAUGUGGACAACCCAACGGUGCAAGAGCUCCAUCUCCUGCUAAUAAUCCACUACUAGGAUCCUUGCCAAAGGCUGGAGGGUUUCCUCCUCUUGGUGCACAUGGGCCUUUUCAACCUACUCUAGCACCUGUGCCAACACCCCUGGCUGGUUGGAUGUCAAAUCCUACCAUUGUAGCACAUGCUGCAGUUUCUAGAGGAGCCACUAUAGGUCUUGGUAUUGCUAUAGGUCUUGGUGCACCAUCAAUCCCUGCUACUUUGAAGGACCCUAGGACCCUUCCAACUAAUCCUUCUGUUGACUACCCAUCUGGAGAUUCAAAUCAUGUCUCUAAGAGAACAAGACCAAUGGGAAUGUCGGAUGAGGUAAAUCUUCCUGUCAAUGUGUUGUCAGCCACGUUCCCAGGUCAUGGUCAUGGCCAGGCUUUUAAUGCACCAUAUGACUUGCCAAAGACUAUUAUGCGGACUCUGAACCAGGAUUCAUCUCCUAUGAGCAUGGACUUCCAUCCAGUUCAACAGACUAUACUUCUUGUUGGUACAAAUGUUGGGGACAUUGCUUUGUGGGAAGUGGGUUCUACGGAGUGGUUGGUCUUGAGGAAUUUCAAAGUUUGGGAUCUUAGUGCCUGUUCAAUGCCAUUUCAGGCUGCUCUUGUCAAAGAUCCAGAUGUUUCUAUCAACCGUGUGAUUUGGAGUCCAGAUGGUGCUUUAUUCCGAGUUGCUUACGCAAGGCACAUUGUUCAGAUAUACUCUUAUCAUGGUGGCGAUGAAGUACAGCAGCACCUGGAGGCUUUUAAUGCUUUUGGGGAGUCUUGUGGAUCGGUGAUUCUGGAUGCAGGGGUGAAUAUUAUCUAGCUUUUAUUUCUUGAUCCUCGUUGAAAACCACCUAGAUUUAAUGUAACGUGUUUUUAGACUUAGUGGCGAAAAUUGUGUUAGGAAUUUGUUGUUACUUGAUUCCCAUUUUAUUGUAAAUUUUAAAAUAAUUACACAUGUAUGAACAAAAAAUUUUAUUGUAAAUUUUAUUUUUUUGUA